GCGGCAAACAGAGAGCUUUCCUAGCUUCAUCCCGGAGUCUACUUGUUGAUUCACUCCAGAAGUGGUUCGCAGGACACACAGGACUUUUUGCUGUCAUUUUUUUCAUAUAUGUUUUGACAUUAUAUUUUCCAUCAUGGAGCGCGGCUGAUGAUGCAUCUCUGGGCUCCAAGCAAAGCGAAUGAGGCAGCGGCGGGCUUAACAAGUUGUAUCGCAGUUACACAUGAAAUGAUGCUGAUUUUUCCUCAUCAGGCGAAUCGUCACACCAGGGAGACGCCACAAGAAACGAAGGGGGUCCUGAUGCGGUCAUCUCCAGGAUCAUGUCUUCUUAAUCAUCCAGACUGCGUCUCCCGGGUUCUCAGAGUUUCCAACUGACCUGAGCGAAGAUGAUUAAAACCGGCCCCCGGUCGACCACCACGCUGCCUCCAGACACCAUAGACAUCAUCCGGACCAAAACACACUCCCGCCGGGUGAGACUCAAUGUUGGGGGACUUCUCCACGAGGUCCUCUGGAGGACCCUAGAGAGGCUGCCCCGUACAAGACUGGGCAAGCUGCGGGACUGCAACACGCACGAGUCCAUCAUGGAGAUAUGCGACGACUAUAGCCUAGAUAACAACGAGUAUUUCUUCGACCGGCACCCUGGUGCCUUCACCUCCAUCCUGAACUUCUACCGUACCGGGAAGCUGCACAUGAUGGAGGAGAUGUGCGCCCUCUCCUUCAGCCAGGAGCUGGACUUCUGGGGCAUUGAUGAGAUCUACCUGGAGUCCUGCUGUCAGGCGCGGUAUCACCAGAAGAAAGAGCAGAUGAACGAGGAAUUGAAGAGGGAGGCUGAGAAUAUGAGGGAGAGAGAGGGAGAAGAGUUCACUACCACAUGCUGCUCAGAGAAGAGGAAGAAGUUGUGGGACCUGUUGGAGAAGCCAAGCUCAUCGUUUGCUGCUAAGAUCCUUGCAAUCAUCUCCAUCCUCUUCAUUGUGCUGUCUACAAUUGCCUUGUCUCUGAACACCCUCCCAGAAUUACAGGACACAGAUGAGUUUGGCCAGCCCACAGACAACCCACAGCUGGCUCACGUGGAAGCUGUUUGUAUUGCCUGGUUCACCAUGGAAUACCUCCUCCGCUUCCUCUCUUCUCCAAGCAAAUGGAAGUUCUUCAAAGGCCCCCUGAACAUUAUCGACUUAUUGGCCAUUCUGCCCUAUUAUGUCACCAUCUUCCUCACAGAGUCCAACAAGAGUGUGUUGCAGUUCCAGAAUGUUCGGCGUGUGGUCCAGAUAUUUCGGAUCAUGCGGAUCUUGCGAAUCCUGAAACUAGCCCGGCACUCCACAGGUCUUCAGUCUUUGGGCUUCACUCUCAGAAGGAGCUACAAUGAGCUGGGCCUGCUUAUCCUUUUUCUUGCCAUGGGAAUUAUGAUCUUCUCAAGUUUGGUUUUCUUUGCUGAGAAGGAUGAAGAGGACACCAAAUUCAAAAGCAUUCCUGCCUCCUUCUGGUGGGCUACGAUUACUAUGACAACUGUAGGUUAUGGAGACAUUUACCCAAAAACUUUGCUGGGAAAGAUAGUCGGAGGUUUGUGUUGCAUUGCAGGCGUCUUGGUAAUAGCCUUACCCAUCCCUAUUAUCGUGAAUAACUUCUCUGAGUUCUACAAAGAGCAGAAAAGGCAGGAGAAAGCCAUCAAAAGGCGAGAGGCUCUGGAGAGGGCUAAGAGAAAUGGUAGCAUUGUCUCUAUGAACAUUAAGGAUGCAUUUGGACGUAGUGUGGAACUAAUGGAUGUUAUGGUGGAAAAAACUGAGGAGCGAAAGGAGAAGCUUCAUGACAAUCACAUAUCUCCGCAUAGAGGAACACCCAGGAUCAAAUCGCCACUCAACCCCAGUAGCCCCAAUAAGACAAUUGAGUCAAGCUACCAAGAAAAGGCUAAACCAGCUGGCAGUCCUCAGCACCUCAGCGCACAGACACUUGAGGAGUUGUACAACAAAAUGACAAGGGCACAGUUACAAGCUAACGCCAACAGCAAAGAAAAGGCUGGACAUUCAAAAUCAGCCAGGCAGAAAGCUGAAUUUGAGAUGGGAAGCAUAACAACAGAAGCCAUCCCAGGCACAACAGAGGCAGUGACAGACAUGAAGAGCAUUUCCAGCGUUGACAGCUUCAUCAGUUGCGGCCCCGAUUUACCCGAAAGCUCUAGAUUUUCGCAUGGCUCCAGCACCAACAUGCCUGGAAGGGUCAGUACCAACCCCAGCCUGGAGCCCACCCUGGAGAAUGAGCAUGAAGGAUUACAUGGCACUGCCAGCCCUGUGUUUAGCCAAAGCACCAAGCUCAACAGGGACAGCCCAAGAGGUCCACCUCUGAACAAUCCGCUUAAGGGCCGCUCACUAAAAGUUAGUGUCAGAGGUGUGGAGGACUCAGGGAAAGGAGGUCUCUCAGACAGCUCAUCGGUUCAGAGCCCAGAGACAUCCGUCUACACCACUGCCAGCAGCAGGACACCAAGCAAGAGCCCAGAGAACUUGCGGCCGAGCGUCUUCACAUUCCACGAUGCCUCUGUCAGUAAGUUCAUCGACGCUGACACGGAUGAAGAGGAGCACCUGCACGACAGUUCGGCAGCCAACGUGACCCAAAGACUUUUGGAGGGGGCGAGCCCCAGGUUUGGGCACCUUUCUGGUUUUCAGCAGGGUCCCAACCAUAUGGAGGGCCUCUCAAACAAGUUGGGGAACAGCAGCCUGCCACUAGAGGGGCAGGAGAACCACAUUUCACCAGAGCUGCAGCUGCUUCAGGGGGAGAAGCAUCAGUUUAACUCUUAGAGUCAAAUAGGCUUGCACAAGGAAUAUGAAGAAGAGGGAGAGAUGAGAGACCUAAAUUGAGAAUUUCAGAGACUUGUCUGGGAGCAAUUUUGCGGGGAGACUGAAAGAAAAAGGCUUUCCUGCAAAAAUACAACUGCUGUGGAUUACUGGAAAUAGUUGUAUCUUCUAAACACUCAUUAAAAAACAACAAUCAAUUGUGCACUCAGAGUGAAAUAAAAGGAGGGAUUUUUUACUAUUUAUACAAGCCCAAAUAAGGUAAUCAUUACACUAGCCUCAAGAGUCUAGUCUAUCAUUUUUUAUAACCCACUUUUUCUGAAAGCCCUGGAUACAACGUUGAAGCCACAGCAGCAGAUACUGUCAAGUCUUUAGUGAAGCAUAAAGGGCACUGAAACAAGGCACAAUAAGAGGAGGUCUUUCAAAAUCCUUCAUUGCAGUAUGAAAGGAAGACACCCAUCUUCUUUUCCUACAGUAUUUAUAUUCAGUAUAUGUCCCAAAGGCAGAGGGUUGAGGGCAGGUUUUUGCUUCCUACGACUUCCUUCAAAUCUGGCCUUAGUUCAUGUUGUCCUGUGUUUUGCGUUUGGGUGGAAAGAAGGAAGCCUGAGGCAGGCUACCAGACAGAACAUAAAUAUCUGGAUAUGUGUGUGUGCAAUAACUACCUUUCACUUAGGUUAAUUAUGUAGCAAUAGUGCUCUUUUAUCUGACAUCAAAUCUUCAGCAGAAUCAAGUGUUUCAGUCUGUUUCUUUUAAGCGGCUCAGUGUCUCUCCUGGGUUGGCGUUUUUACUGCACAGGUUUCACAUAAACGCAGCAGAAUGACACUGUGAGGUCCCUCCUUUUCUCUCUUGUCCCCAUUUUGCCCCAGAGCUGGCGUCUUUUGAAAAUGAUUCCAAGUAAAGCUGUUGUGCUUUUGCUCUUCUUGUUAUAUAACCAGUGGCAGUUUUUAAUAUAGGAAAUAAGGCCUUCUACCCAGGGCGGUACGCCACAGGGGGAGGACCACAGGGCAAAGAACAGAAAGCUGUUUGUCAGCUGUGCAUCAAACAGCUGGCUCAUUUGCAAACCCAUUGAAUGGGAAUCUGUGCCUCCCUGUGGUGUGAAGACCGUAAGCACUGAAAGAUUAUAUUGUUGUACACUGUUAUGAUAGUAAAGUUGAUUUUGAAUUUUUAGCUCAUGAUUUGGUACUAAGAGGAAUCUGGACUGCAUGGUCAGCCCUUAUCUGGAUCAUUCUUUACCAAGCAGAGUUUUUAAAAAAUACAAAUUAGAGAUUUAUGAACCAUAAAUAGCUAUCGUCUGUUAAAAAAGAAAGAAAAAAAAGAAAACAGAAGUAAAAAACCAAAAAAAAAAAACAUAAUUUUAAUGCUUUCUUAGUAAUACGACCACAUUAAACUGAGACAAGUUUACAAAGCACAAGAUGUAGACUGGUUAAACCAAGGAUGGAUUUUGUUAAACUGAUUACAGAUGCUUUAAAUCUUGUCCAUUAUUCUCAAUUAAAUACUAGUUUAAUAUUUACAGUUCUUACUAUCGCUGAGAGUUAGAUAACCAAACAUAAUUCUUGCUGAAUGGGCUUUGUCAGGGGUAUUGGUGUGUGUUUAGUUUUGAUAGGUUGGCAGAAGGGGGGCUCGCCCAGGGCACCAUUCACACAGGAGCUGCCACUACUUAAACCUUUGUUCUGAAUGCCUGAAUGCGUCCUUCAGAUUAGGUUUAAUUUAUCUAUCAAAUAAUAAUUCUUUUUGAAUUUGUGUUCAAAGCAAUUGUAGCAGCUGAAGUGAGCUUUGCAUUGAACAAGUGGGGUAAGCAGUGAGAAAUCCAGUUAUGUAUGAGACUAAAUACUGCAAAGCAUCGCUGCAAAGUCAGACUCUACCAAAACAUUGCACAUCACCUGUCAAAUAAAAAAAAAGUUAUUUAUAUUUUUAAGAUAUUUUCUAAAAUGACUGACAUGUUACGUAAUGUCAUAUUUGUUUUAAUUCAAAGCACUGUAUGUACUGUUUCUAUGAAGGAGUGGCUUCUGUUAGACAAUGUUCAGCAGUAGAUGAUUUAUAAUGUUUGCUACCCUCUCCCUGUAAAUGCUUGUUGCAGUCCUUUUGUGUGCAAUGUAAAGAACCAAAGACUUGUUCUUUCUAAUGAUAUAUACUGAGAAGUGUACAUUUUGAUGUAUCAUCUAAAAUUGUUAAAGCAUUCCUUUUAAAAAAAAACAUACAUUCUGACUCAUUUCAGGGAGCCCUGAUGGUUCAUUUAGGGCAAACAUUUAAGUAGGAGAAUAUCCUAGCAUCUAAACAAUACUGCUUUUAGAAAACAAGAUUUGUUUUAUGCUUUUGAAAGGUCAAUCCCUUUUAGAAAUUAGAAAUAUCUCUAUUUUCUGAGCAUUUUACAGCCAGCAGUUUCCUCGAAUGUUAUGUAUGCAUUUUGCUCUUUUUAAGGCACCUAACAGAAAAUACCAAACCUGGCACUCUUACACUUGUUUUAUUUUGUUCAUUAACUUAACAUGUCUUGCAAGGUUGGAUGAAAGCAGGUUUUGCAGGAAAAAUUUAUUUAUGCUGGACCUAUUUCAUGUAGAUGCAUAGAUCAAGUAGUGGUACACAUGUGUUGGUCAACCUAGUAAAGAUGUGUAAAAGGUUUAAAAUUAAUCAAUUUACACUACCAUGUUCUCACAUUAAACUAGAAAAAUACCUUUAAUCUAAGUGCAUUGAUUCAAAUUUUAAAAAAUCAUAUGCUGACACAACUGUACACAUUUAGAGGAUACAGCAAGUAAUCUUAAACCACCUACUUUUGCAAAAUUUCUCCAUCUCGUCUCUUCAGCUCUCUGAACCAUUGAUAUCUCUGACUGGAAGAUCUUUUGUGAUCUGAUUGUAGAUUUUGGAUCACUGCUGUGGUGAAAGAGACACUGAGGGUAUUUCAUUUUUGCCUUGCAGAGGCCAACAGAUCUGUAACUAAAAUAUCCUUCUGUUUAAUUAAAAUGAAUGAUUCCACACACUGAAAUAGGGUUUUCAUAACCUUUUGGAAAGACAGGCCCACAGUAUUACAGAUCCUCCAACGUGCUUGACAAUUGGGUAUGAGAAGCUUAGCCAAGUAUUCGCCUUUUUGUUUUCAUACCUGUCAAGUUUUGGAUUUGAAAAAUUCAGGAAAUUUUCCUGAAUCCUCUGCCGUCUGUCUGACUGCCCCAGACAAGCUCCAGUAUCUAUUAUACUUUAAAACAUGCACAAGAAAUCUAAAAUAAACCCUUGUCAACUUGACUUGUGAUGCUAGGGGCAGUUUGUUUGGAGAGGUAUGUAUACAGCUACCUAUGAGUGGUGCAAAGAUGAACACAGUUUCUCCUUCUGUCAUGUAAUCAAAAGCUAAUAGAAACAUACUAAGAAACUCAAUACGCAAUACUUAUUGAUUUUUCAAAGGUUCCUUUUAGAGCCAGCCCACUCCAUAAGCAAACUAAAGCCUUUGUCAAGGGAUCCUGGUAUUUGAUUAUUUCUUAAUAUUUAUUUGCCAUGGUUAGGUUUAUUUCUAAACCUAACCGUUAGCUAAAUAGCUUGUGAGGACCAACAAAAUGUCCUCACUUUGCAACAACUGGUCCUCAAUCUGAUGGUGAAAUUGGAAAAAUGGUCCCCACUCUAAUCGCUAGACAGGUACACACACAAACACAAACAAAUUCGACUACGUUCAGGAUUGAAUUACUCUUUUCUAAAAAUCCAAUGUGAUUUUGCUGCUACAUUGAAAUAGAAAUCUAAUUUUAGCUAUUUUACACAUCUUCGUUGUAGGGGUGCCAACAAAUUGUCCUGGCUCUGUAGUCUGAGUUAGAUGUUUCUGUGCCUUUGCUUUUAAUGAAAAAUCAUUCACACUCAUUCUGGAUUAAUGGAGUCUAAAAAAAAAGAGCAAAUGAACAAAAUGAGUACCCAUCCUGUCAAGCUUUUAUAUUUGAUACUGAAAGUUGUGUCUUGUGCACCAAACAUUUGAAUGGAAAAGCCCAGAAACCCAAACAGGUGUAGACUGGCUCUCAGAAGAGUAAACAGUUUCCAUGGUGAGGGGCUGAAAUGACUGGAUGGCUCACAUUUGAUGCACGCACGUAGCCUAAUUACUAGAGAAUGGGUGCAGACUUUGUCUUAAUUCAUUUAUUCAUCUCAGUUGUGUCUUCAGUCUGGGGGACGGAACAGAAAACUGGAUUGUAAGACUUUCUCGGUCACUGUCACUUCAUCGGUUUAUGUCACUAAGUUUCUCUCUCACGGAAACAAGCACACAUCUCAGCAGAUCACAAAGGAGCAGAGAGAGCAUGACCACAUGGAGCUGAGUGUAAAGCGGUGCUUAAGGGAUGUGUAUGAAGACUUCAGCCAACUUCUUCCUGAAGAGAGGGAGAGAGUGUGAAAUGUGAACGGACUGGAAACAAGGACUGUUGGACAGACUGAGCUGUGCUGCUUCAGUCAUCAGCUUGAUUUAAACUGACAUCCUGAAUGAUGGCUGUAGCACUCUGCUCUCCAAAGGCAUAAGUAACCUUUGCUUUGAAAAAGAGUGUUAUCAUACAGCUUCAACUUUCUCAUUAUAACCUUCAUGUAUUUCAUGUGGAGCUUAUGUGUUGGAAAGCAUAUUGUCAUGAGGUGGAAGGCAAGCUAUGCUUUUUCAAAAUGUUUGUGUAUACUGUGUUCUUUACUUCAAUACAUUGAAAGACAAAGUACCACAACACUACGUAGUAACACUACGGAGGAAACUAAUUUCAGGCACUUGUAUCCGGGAUCUCAUUCUUUCGGUCAUGACCCAAAGCUCAUGACCAUAGAUGAGGGUAGGAACGUAGA